AUGCGCCGCUCAGGGACCCCGCUGCACGGCUCCGAAGCGCAUCUGCACGUCGGACGCCUACGCAUUCCAACUGAAUUGCCGGCCUUCCCUUAUGCGCGCACAUACCGCAAUGCGCGACCCACGGCGAGCGAGUUGUUGUGGACGCCAGAUGAACCGCCUCGCGAGUUCACGCUGGACGCGAUCCACAAACUGGCUCCCCAGUUGAUGGAAGCCUCGCAACGAACAAUCAUCCAGCCGCGCCCCUACACCCCCAGUCUCGACAAGCCAACGACGGAUAACCCGCCAGCUCUCUGCAUCCCUCCUCCUGCGCCUCUCCCGAUCCCGACACACGUUCUACAGAUCACCUUCCCCGUCUCGCACGAGAAGAUGGACGUCCCUAUCCACGGACUCGUCUGGUCGCUCAAGUGUCGAACGCUCGCGCAUGUUCACACCUCGACCUACGACUCUCGCUACCCGCCCUCUCCUUCCCCUUCUCCACCCUCCCCACCGUCGCCCCUGCAACUCGGCUCGACCGCCCGCGUGUCGAGCAUCAUGCCGCUCGUCUCGCUCCCUAUCGUUCCAAUCUCAAUCCCAUUCCGCACAGUCUGGCCUGUCCUCUACACCUACAUCCACACCGGCUCAACCGCCUCGCUCCUCGGCAACUUGAUCACCUACCCCGUCCCGCCCUCACCUUUCGAAUCCCGACCUACGGAACUUGGAGCGGUCAUUGCGAGGUUGGAGUGGGUCAGGAGGUUGUGUCAUGAUGUGGACGCGUUGGAGGUCGAGGAUGAGGAGCUGUGGGACACGAUGGCGAGGGCUUGGAGUGUGUUGGUGGCCAAGUUGAGGGAGGAGUUGGCGGAGGAUGUGCAGCCGCCUUGA